AUGAAGCAGGUUAUAUGCUAAAUACGCCUUGGGAUACUUCCGCCAAACGCUGAUUUACCUUUUAAUUAAUAAACUUUUGUUACAUUUAACUUUGCUCUUUUUUACUUUUAGGUUCGUCUCAAUGUCAAUGACAUGUCAUUAGAUAUAAGUGACUUCAGGUUUGCUACUGGAAGCAUACCAAAUGUGUUUCAUCGCUUUGCAACAGCUGGAGACUGUUUUUCACCUGAUUGUUCCGAAGAUUACAGAAAAGGAAAUUUUAAAGUUGAUAUAAGUGGUACAAAUUUUCUUUUACCCAACAGCAUUCCUUAUUUGUUUUCUAUAUAUCCAGCAUGUGUUCAACGGUUAUACAAGGAAUUGAUGAGCUCUGAUCGUAGACAGUGGUCAGGAUACUGCGGGGGACGUUGUGGAAACUGCUGGCCUGAAGUAUUCCGUCUUCUAGUUGAAGGAUGUUAA